CUACCUAAGGUAGUCAUUUAGAAAUAUGAAUUGUAGUGCAUAAGCCAACCAAUUUUAAUCCAUUUUUAGUUACUCACUACAUAUAUUUCAAUGAGAUAUGUAUUCUCAACUACGGUAAACAUCGUCUAGUUAGCUUAUUAACCAUAAUUACGGUUCUCAUCCAAUCACAUCAUAUGAAGUAAAGGUCAAAUAAUUCAUUCAACACUCAUACUUUCACCGCUUCGGUGUUCUUUGGUUAGGCCACUUCACCUAUCCGCUGGAAUGCCACCUGAGCGCUCAACAAAUAUGGUCGCGGUAGUAUAAAUGGUAUAAAUGGAGCAACAGGCAGCUGUGGAAAUCUUGAUCCAUAUCGGCGCUCCAAGCAGAGCAGCCGAUGAUGUUUGGUAUCGAUCUCUCGCCUCUUCCUAUAUAAAUUUCCAGCCGGCCGCCAGUAUCGAUUUCCUCAACCAAGGAUGCUCAACUGUGGAUAUAGACGAUGGGCAGGGGACCCAAGAAGCCCCUAUACCAGCCUUCACCACUGGCACACAAUCAAGUGAGCCAUUUGGUCCGUAUAGGUCACCACAAGCCUCAUUUAAUAGCGUCAUUGACAAUGCCGGGUCACCACGCGUCUUUGCGCGACGGAUAUUGGAGGAUGACCCUCCGAGUACCAAUGAUGAAACCACAAUGCCAAUAACACAGUCGCCAUGGCAGACACCGUCCAGCGAAGUGCAAGAUUCAUACGUAGGAAACCCUAUCCACAUCUCUACCUUCACCUCUCCUACGAGAAUCUUAGAGCAUUACCUGCAACGGUUUGAUUCUCCAUCAUCAUCUCAAAAAACCACAUCUCAACGAAGCGGCAUCGACAUCCCCCCCAGUAGCUCCCAGAGGUCAAUUAUUCCUCGCUCUGAAGAUAAUCCAAUUCCCCUUUUAGCCCCUUAUACGCCAUCAGUAAUACCCUGCACACCUCCGUGCGAUCCUCGUUCUAGCUUAGGAGGAUUAGUUGAGACAAAACCUACAGAGGCAUACCACACAAGAUUUACCCAAGAUGAGGUAUCCAGUGACAAUAUUGUCGAGGAGACUAUCUUGAUACGAUCCUCAGACAUCUCAUCCACAACUAGAGCGGACUCGGAACCCCCACCAGCCAAGCGGCACCAGCCAGAUACUCUCGACAAAGACCCGCGGGCCCUCCUAAGAGCCGCAAGCGACAUUGGCCCAAGGGUAUCUUCCAGCCAGAAGUCGUUCUUAAGAGUAACCUUCCUAAGCGACCACGGGUACACAUACGACAGCCUGGAACUCCGCGCGCCAGAACCUCCUAUCUCAGUGACGCAGGUCGACCCGCAAAGCUUCAUCACGCCAGGCCUCGAAAGCCUAGCCCGGGAUCUAGAUAUUCCGAAGCGAUACAGGCCAAAAGAAAGCAAACGAGACCUGCGGCCUUCCGAACGCGGGUACUGGCUCGUAGAUUGUUCGGCUUGGGAUCCGCAGCUCAAACGCGAUGCUUGGGCGUACCUUGCAAACUACGUCGGGACUGGCGUUGCGGGAUGGGGCGUCUCGUGUAGGAGGGACAGGGAAUUUCAGUCUCUCCGGGUUUACUGCUGGGGCUUGGUAACGGCGCAUAUCUACUUGCUAUUAUAUCUAGCCAGUCAGCGGAAGAUUCUGUAUACUGGCAGCUCUUGGAUUGAUGGCGAGGGCAUCCCAGUUAUUGUCAUGCAAACGAGAGAAUAAUACUAAUAAGCGUAUCUUGUCUAUGAUAAAGGUUGGGAAUUAAGAAUUAAAGGUAUUACAAGCAUUUACGGGGUUUGGCGUAUGGAAUAGGAUAUCACUGGGAUAUAUU